AUGACUGCAUCUGACGAUCCACCGGCAUGGACUGUCGUCGACUUCAUCCACCGGGGGCCAUGGUGGAAGAACAGCAGCAUCCGCACCCUCAACCUUCUUCUUAUCAUCCCUCUCCUCACCGCCUCGAUAAACGGGUUGGACUCAUCUUUAGUGAACGGUCUCCAAAUAUUGCCCGCAUGGACUGAUUACUUCAACCAUCCCAACGGCAAGACACUGGGACUCAUUAGUGCGGCGCAGGUUAUUGGCUCUAUUCUCGGCCUCCCGUUCACACCUUUCUCGGCGGAUAUCUUCGGACGGAGACCAACACUGUUCAUAGGAGCCGUGAUCAUGCUCCUGGGCGUUGCUCUCCAAAGCGCGGCGUUCAGGAUCGAGAUGUUCAUAGGCGCUCGGGUUCUAAUCGGCUUCGGACUGACGUUCGCGCUCAACGCCGCGCCGCUGCUCAUCACUGAACUCGCCUACCCCACCCAGCGGGGCAAGCUCACCUCGAUGUACAACGCUUCCUGGUACUUCGGCAGCAUCGUCUCCGCCUGGACGUGCUUCGGCGCGUACGAGGGCGCGGGCACGUCCCCGUGGUCGUGGCGCGUCCCGACGCUCGUCCAGGCCCUCGGCCCGGUCCUGCAGGUGUUCGUCGUCUGGAUGGUGCCGGAAUCCCCGCGCUUCCUCGUCGCGCGCGGACGGGAGAGCAAGGCGGCGGCGGUCCUCGCGCGCUACCACUCGCUCACCGGCGACGAGCGCGACCCGCUCAUCCAGUUCGAAAUGGCGCAGAUCCGGCACGCGCUCAAGGUCGAGAAGGACGCGGCGCACAGCACGAGCUUCACCACGCUCUUCGCCACCCCGGGCAACCGGAAGCGGAUGAUGAUCGUCGUCGCGCUCGCGGUGUUCUCGCAGUGGAGCGGCAACGGGCUAGUGUCGUAUUACAUCAACUUGGUGCUCGAAGGUGUGGGCAUCACCGACGCGGGCACCAAGGCGGCGAUCAACGGAGGGCUCCAGGUGUGGAAUCUGAUGGCUGCAAUGUCAGGCGCCUUGUUGGUAGACAAACUUGGCCGAAGAACACUCUUUAUCAUCUCAAAUGUUGGCAUGUUGAUUGAUUUCGGAUGUUGGACGCUCACCACCGCUCUUUUCAACUCUUUGGAGAUCAAGGCUGCCGCCAAAGCUACCAUUCCUUUCAUCUUUAUCUUCUACUUCUUCUACGACAUCGCCUACACACCUAUGCUUGUUGCAUAUACCCUUGAGAUCUUGCCAUUCAGUAUCCGCGCAAAAGGCUUUGCCGUCAUGAACCUCGUUGUCUCUCUCACCCUCGCCUUCAACCAAUUUGUUAACCCAUGGGCGCUCGACGCGCUCGGAUGGUACUACUACCUCGUCUACUGCGGCUGGCUCAUCGUCGAGCUCGUCUUCAUCGUCUGCUACAUCAUCGAAACAAAAGGCCGCACGCUCGAAGAGACCGCCGCGCUCUUCGACGGCGAGCAGCAGCCGCACGAGCUCAUGCAGACCGGUGGGGAGGCCGCGCACCUCUCGCGCGCCGCCGCCGCCGCCUCGCGCGGGCCCGGGAUCUGGAUCGAGCAAGAGAAGACGUCCGCGACGGACCCACACGACCUGCACGCCGCGUCCGCGCCCGCGGCGGGGCGGCGGCGCCUCGCGAGCAUCAGCGUGAGCCGGUACUCCGCGGGCGGCGCGGACGAGGAGCCGCACACGCCGACGGUGUACGGGUACGGGUACGGGGACGUCGACGCGGGCGAGCUCGGGGACGCGGGCUCGCGGUCGGAGCACUCGCGGAGCAGGAUCUGCGAGGCGAUAUGA